AUGUCGCUGCUGGCCAUCGAUUGGCGGCAGUUUUUGAGGAUCUGUGACAGAAACACGCCGUCGGGUAAGACCAUUCCGUUCAGCACCCGGUCAAUCCAGCGGGCGACAGCUCCCGUGCACCAGAGACAAAAACCCAUCAUGCGCAUUACGCUGAGCAUAACGAACCCCGAGGUCGAGGACCAGGAUCUUCUCACCCUCGAGAUCUUCCCUGACAUGCCCAUGUCCACACUCCGAGAAGCCAUCCAAGCCGAAACCUCCAUCGCACCCACUUCUCAGCACCUCUACCACAAUGGUCGCUUGAUCCAAGAUGAUACUCAGACGAUGGAGCAGCUGCAUAUUGCUGACGGCGAGAUGUUGGCGCUACACGUGAGGGACAUGCAAGGAAGCACUGGCUUGCCGGACCAGGGCAGAAGGGCGCCACAGCAGCGCCGGCGACCGGGAGGACAAGACCCAGAGCUCAUUCGCCUCCAGAUCCUAGGCGAUCCAAACCUACGUGCCGAAGCCACCCGUCAGCAGCCUCAGCUCGCCGCCGUGCUGGACGAUCCCCAGAGAUUCGCCCAACUUUUCAACCAGAGCUACGACCGUGAGCAGCGGGACCGCGAGGAGCGGCAAAGGCAGAUUGCGCGCCUGAACGAGGAUCCGUUCGAUGUAGAAGCUCAGCAAAAGAUUGAAGAGAUGAUCCGUCAAGAGAGAGUCAUGGAAAACCUCCAAAAUGCCAUGGAGCAUAACCCUGAAGUAUUCGGACGAGUGCACAUGCUAUAUGUCGACGUCGAAGUCAACGGCCACAGAGUAAAGGCAUUAGUCGAUUCUGGAGCACAGGCCACCAUCAUGUCCCCUUCAUGUGCUGAAGCCUGCGGUAUCAUGAGGCUCGUCGACAAACGGUUUGCGGGCGUGGCUCGCGGAGUGGGUACUGCCAACAUCAUCGGACGUGUGCACUCUGCCCAGAUUAAGGUCGGCACGAUGUUCCUACCUUGCAGUUUCACCGUCAUGGAGGGCAAGCAGGUCGAGCUUCUCCUUGGUCUCGACAUGCUCAAACGCUACCAGGCCAGCAUUGACUUGGCCAAGGACAAGCUGAUCAUUCAGGGCGAGGAGGUGUCAUUUUUGGGCGAAGCAGAGAUUCCUAAGGAGAGCGAAGAGGCUCUCGAGGAAGAGCCCAGACUGCCGGGGCCAGCGGGGACGACCAUCGGCCAGCGUUCUGGUGUUGUAAGCGGUCCGGAAGCCGCUGCCGCUGCCGCGCCGGCGCAGCAAACCCUUCCGCAGGGUCGGCCAGCACCUCAGCAGCAGCCUCCUGCAGAUCCAACUUUCCCGGAAGAGCAUAUCAACCAGCUCAUGGCUUUGGGUUUCCCACGUGAAGCCGCGAUUAAUGCUUUGCAAGCCACAGGCGGCAAUGUAGAGUUCGCUGCCGGACUCUUAUUUGGGGCAUAG